AUGCAAAAUACUCAAAUCCAAGAAUAUAAUGUCAAAGUUUAUAUAGAUGAUCCCGAAGAAAGUUUGGGGGAAUUAUUUGAUCAUUUUAAUCAAUUUGUGGAAAACCUUCAAGACCCUGCUAUAAAUUCUGAUUAUUUGCCUAUUGGUGCGAUUUUAGUUGAAUAUAACAAAGCCUCUAAUCAUAAUAAAUCAACAGAUGAGCAAAAACAGCCACAGCCCACUAUUGAAGAACUUCGUUAUGAUAUUCAAACAAUGAUACAAAAUCUUGAAGAUCUAGAUGUUAAUCAUUUGCAAAUCGUUCAUGAUCAAAUCUCAAAGAUUCUUGAAGACUUUCGCAGGCCAGAGAGAUCUAUAGAA